UUUUCUAUAUAUUUAACGGUAUGUUUGGAGUUGUUCAAUAAUCACAGAAGCGUUUGUUUGUAGAACAGAAAGAACAAGCAAAAAAAAAAAAUGGCAAUUCAGAUUCCUAGAGUGAAACUUGGAUCUCAAGGAUUUGAGGUUUCAAAGCUGGGAUUUGGGUGUAUGGGUCUUUCAGGUCACAACGUGUCAGUGUCAGAUGAAGUUGGCAUAGCUAUCAUUAAGCAUGCAUUCGAAAGAGGGAUCACUCACUUCGAUACAGCUGACUUUUAUGGACCCAAAACUAACGAAAUUCUGGUUGGAAAGGCAUUGAAGCAUCUGCCACGAGAGAAGGUACAAUUGGCUACAAAAUUCGGCGUCGAGAGCAUGGGUCCAGGUGGUCCGGUUAUCAAUGGCACUCCUGCAUUUGUUCGUUCUUCUCUUGAGGCUAGCCUUCAACGCCUUGACGUGGAUUACAUUGAUCUUUACUAUAUUAUCAGAAUUGACACCAAGACUCCUAUAGAGGAUACCAUGGAAGAACUGAAGCAGUUGGUGGAAGAGGGAAAAAUAAAGUACAUUGGUAUCUCUGAAGCUAGCCCCGAAACUAUAAGGAGGGCACACGCUGUUCAUCCCCUUACUGCCGUACAAAUCGAGUGGUCGCUCUGGACUCGUGAUGCUGAGGAAGAAAUAAUUCCCCUUUGCAGGGAACUUGGGAUUGGGAUUGUUCCAUAUAGUCCCCUUGGUCGUGGUUUCUUUGCCGGUAAAGCAAAGGGGGAUGUUGGUAGUUUUCUGGGACUGUUUCCUAGGUUUCAAGGAGAAAACUUGGAGAAAAAUAGGAUCCUAUAUUCGAAAGUAGAGAAGUUGGCUGAAAAUUAUGGAUGUACACCGGCACAACUUGCACUUUCCUGGGUUCUUCAUCAAGGGGAUGAUGUUGCCCCUAUUCCUGGAACAACCAAGAUAAAAAAUCUAGAUAGCAACAUUGAAUCAGUGAAAGUAAAGCUGACAAAAGAAGAUUUGAAAGAAAUUUCAGAUGUGAUCCCAAUCCAUGAGGUUGCAGGUGGUAGUUAUCCUGAUGCUUUAAAGAAAUUCUCUUGGAGAUAUGGCAAUACACCACCAAAGAAGAGCACCUAGGUUUUAAAACAAAGUUUCAUGGAGGGGUUCAGUGAAAGUUGAAGCCUCCAUUACCCAAAAAAAGAAUUUGUGAUGUUGUUGUGUCAUACUUUGUAUCGUGUUUUAAUUUCUUUUACGGUGUUCGAAAUAAUCAAGUCCAAGUUUCUAUUUUCUUUACUUGGAUGAAUAAAGUAAUUUUACCUGUUGUUUAGUAAGUGUAUGUUGUUAUUGUUCUAAUACAAUUCUUAAUCUCUUCUUUUUCUCUCA